AUGGACAAGAAGACCCCCUCUCAAUUCGUCUUUCGCUGUCACAGCAGCCGCUCCCGCCGUCACGCCCAGUCCAUGGUGCACUGGAGUUGGCUACACGCGACUGCCUACUCGUCUGCGAUCGUAGCCUCCAUUGUCUACAUGCACAACCAGCUGACGAUCUAUUUCCGGAGCUUUGAAGCUCAACAGGUGAACAACGAGCUGCUGUACAACCUGUCAAAGGUCGCCACGUCUGGCAUUGAGCAGCUGAACGGACUGCAUCUCGUGCUGUCGGACCUGGCGUCCAGACUUCGUUGGCUGCUGGUGGUUCUAUCGCUUGCAGUGUGGAUCAUGACGCUUCUGGUGUCCCGUCAUUGCCACUUGCACUCACUGCUUGGCAUUGUGUCCAAUCGUCUUGGCUGCUACGUGCGCAAGUUUCGUGACUGGAGUGCCAAGGAGAGACAUGGUGGCAAGCGCCAUCGUCAUCGUCAGAAGCUCAAGCAGUAUCCUUCUCGAUCAAGUGCUUGUUUGGAGACCUGGAACGAGGCGGACGUGGAGGUUGAUGAAGAUGAUCUGCUGAUCGUGUCGUCGCUGUCACCUGAGCCACGUCUCCUUUGCAGUGUGGAGAAGCAGGUCAGUGAUGUCGACGAACAGGGGCAGAGUCGCUGGAAUACGGGAGAGAAGGGAAGCGUCAAUAGCGUUUGCUGUAAUAAUGGUCAAGGUGAACUAGCUGGCAAGAUCGUGCUGCAUCCACGAGAAGGUGCUCGAGGCGGACGGAAUCAGAACAACCAGAUCAUCACGGACGACUCGUACGUGAGCCGGCUGCAUUUCCAGAUCCAGUAUGACCCGAUGGAGAAGGAAUACUAUCUUCAGGACCUUGGAAGUACCACCGGAACGUUCGUGUUCCUCAAGCCCGACGCACCCAAGCGUCUGCAUGUGAAUGACCGCGUAAAGUUGGGCGACACGGAAUUUGAAGUGUCUGCGAUCAACGAGACGAUCACGACGGGUAUGCCGUUCUUGCACAUCCGCUUCACAGAGGGUCCACUCACUGGUAUCUGUCAGACCAUCGGCAAGACGUCCGUGACACUAGGGCGGUGUUCAAGCAACGCCUUGUGUAUCACCGAGGACGACUCGAUCUCAGGCAAGCACAGCAUGAUCUCGUACUUUGGCAAUGGCUUCUACAUUACGGAUCUCCACAGCACGAACGGCACGGCCAUUCGUCUCAGUGGAAGUGGCAGGAAGAGCCGGCGCCGUUAUCUACUACACGGGGACGUGUUCGGCGUGGGCUCCAAUCGAUUUAUGGUGGAAUACUCCCAUCAGUUAGCAGCCCAGCGUCGACUCGCGAGUCAUGAAGAAGACGAUGACCGACGUGGGGAAGUGGAGUCUUAG